AUGGCGCAGCAUCGCCUCCAGUGCCUGGCUUCCCCUUCACCCUCCUUCUCUCUCCUUGUCCAUCUGCUGGGAGCCGUGUCUCUGGCCAAGACCUUCCAGUUCCUCUUCGAAUGGGAUACUCCCUUCGCCGACUCACAUGGAUGGUAUUUCCAGUUUCUCACCAUCAUUGGUUUGACGCUGUCGUUGUCAGUCUUCGUCCUGGCUGCCGUGGCAGACGUGACUGGGAGCUCGGCGCUCUUCCGGAUAAAGAACCUGAUCUCCGUCAUUGCCACUCCUCUCGAGGUUCUUAUUUCGACAUUGUAUUGGGGCAUCUGCGCUAUCGAUACCUCCUUAAUUGUUCAGCCUGGAUUUGAGUUGGAAACCUGGGUUGACAUCGGCUUCCAUCUUGCGCCAGCUUUGUUCUUGACUCUGGAUCUGAUCCUAUUUAGUCCACCAUGGACAAUCUCGGCAUAUGGAAUGAUGUCGCUGAGCACAGCGUUUUCGUUUGCCUACUGGUAUUGGGUGGAAGCUUGCUUCAGCAAGAAUGGCCGGUACCCCUAUCCCAUGUUUGAACUUCUGACCACCACUCAGCGAGCUUUACUCUUCACAGUUUCGGCUGGUCUCGUAACAGCCUUUUCUGGCGUCUUGAAAUGGACGUAUGGCAUUGUCAACGGGUAUGAACAAGCUCAAAGGGAAGCUCACAAACCUCUCAAAAAGUUUCAAUGA